AUGUACAGCCUUAUAAAGGGCUACAUAUCGAGGUCAAUUUUCUGGAAAUUUUUUAUCCCCAAUCAUUCGCGCAAGUUGCCUUAAUUUCGAGGAAGCUUUUUUUCAUAUGCGACCUGCUGUUUAUAUUUUUUAUUUACCUUUUCCAACUUGCAGCUAACCAGUUCUCUUUUUUUUAUUUUAGUGCACACGAAGAAGAAGGACAAGAGUCGCAAGUUAGCGAGGAAGCAGUUGAAACUCGUCCGCUAAAGGACAGACGAACAAAUUUCCGUUCGACCAGGAGCAAGUCUGAAAGCUCGGCCCAUUACUUGUCUUGGGAAAAUGUUUCGUUCUUAGGUGGUGAACUUCGCAAGACGAUCUCGAAAGGGUUUCAGUGGAUAGCUUAUCCAUCUGUUGGUAAGAUCAUUGAGAAGUCAUGGCUCAUUUGUUCAAAUGUAGUAGUAGCACAGGCUUAAGUUACAUGCAGUUUAUUUGGAUACUAUGUUUUGUGGCCGUGAUCUUUGCGUGUGUUGCUGAUGUAUUUUGCACCUUAAUUUAGGAAACUAUUCAUUAAGAUUGCAGCUUUUGUCGGAUAUGACAAUGCCCACCGAUUUCCAUUUUCAAAAUUUUUAAAUACGCCAGUGUUGGAGAUUUCGUUUUUCGUUCUUUCUGCUGGCGGCUGUUGAAACCACGUGUAGGGAGAUCCAGGUCAUGCCAAAUAAUCGCGGCUCCUUGUUUUGAUCAGCCGCGCCAGUCAGUCGCUCUUUGACAUGACAACGAGAAACCAUUGGAAAACAUGUUGUUUUCAAAAUCCAGGUUAAGCGUGUUAGCAAAAUUAAUAAUUUACAGCAUAAAACCUCAUUUCCAACCCUCCCCGAACUCCAUAGUGCGUUAAAUAAAAAUGGCCUCGUUGUCUUAAAUUUUUCCUCGUCAUAAAAAUAUGGCGGCGAGUUUAUCGACACGAUCGACGAAUUAAUUUCCUUGAGAUUCGUUUGAAACCUCGUCAAUGAUAGUGUAAAUUGAUGAUUUUGUGUUUCCUUUAUUUUGUUGGUUUCAUAUGACGUUCAUCUCGAUGGCAAGUAUUAUAUGUUGUUAUCCGACGUCCGGAUUUGAAGAAAUCUCUUUUUCGAGGGUCAUUCAUUGUUCUUAAUUAGAAUGAUUGAGUUACUUUAUAACCAGUGUAAUAAUAUAGUGUAUUGAAAUUUCAAAUUAUUCAUUUGUAGAGUCCAAAAUGUCCUUGAAAGCGAAAAGGAAAAAGCCAGAAGGAACAAAAGAAUACUUAGUAAGUUGUAGGUUUGGCUUCAAUAUUUGGAGCUCAGUAGCCAGCCAUGCUCUCAUUUUAGCUCAUCUUUUUUAGAAUUAAUUUCCAACACCAUGGACGAAAACUCCCUUUAACAGCCAUGUCUUAUGAAAGCUUGAAUGGCAUUAAAAAAAAGAAGUAAACAGGAUUUCAGUAUUUAUAAAUUUUAUGUUGUGUUAUGUUUUACGCCCAUGUGUAUAAACAUGUGUGUAAUUCAAUUGACCCCAAUAUAAUAAUGGGUGAAUAGGAGCGUCCAUUGGACAAAGAAAUGUAAUGACUGGAAAGAUUGGUGUCAUGGCUGAUGUGUACAAUUGCUGGGGGCCAUGCUUAUCGGAUUGAGGACUAGUUCUGUGCAAAACAUGUAGAGUCAUCAUUGGAACAAUGAUGCUAGUACAUGUAUAAUUAAUAUUAAGUGGUCAGCAGAAUCUAAUAUUGGUCAUGAGAAAAAAUGAAAGAAGCAAAACAAAAAACACUUUGUGCAAUACUACAUGAAAGGUUUAAAGAAUGAAAAGAGCUGUAAACUGUCAUGACCAAAUUUUUGGAGGUGUACACCACAUCUCAAGGUUUAAUACCCGAACACCAGGCCUAGGUUGUUUGAAGCUGGGUUAAGAUAACCCAAGGUUAGUGUGAAAUUUGAAUUCAUUAAUGAAAGCUUAACCCCUUGCCUACCAGAGCCAAAUACACCCAGCAACUGGCAGCCAUUUUUCAACAACUAGAGUUUAUUUAUUCAACACAACUUGAACGACCGGGCUGUUGGUGAUAUCAUAUGUCUGAGGUCGUAUAUAUUCGUCCCUGGUAUUGAGUGACCUCACAUGGGACAUAGAGGAUAUUACAUGGCUGCGUGGGAAUACGAAUUUUAUCUUCGAGUGUUGAAAGUAUCUCUUACAAGUGAGCAAAGCGAACGAGUGAGAGAUCCUUUCAGCACCAGACAAUAAAAUUCGCAUCCCCAAGCGGCCAUGUAAUGUUCUGUUUAUUUUAUAGAUACUGAUGAGAUUCCUAAAUAAAACACAACUUUUUUUUAGUUCAUUUUCGAAAUAGCAAAAUAGUGCAAUUAAAGUGGUCACCUAUCGCAAAAUGCCUGUCACAAAAAUGUUAUGAAACUCGGAUAUAAAGUUAUAAAAGAGAAAUAAAGACAGUAAUACUUAUAUAUUUUUCUGUUCCAAAAAGUCAAAAUUCUAAUGUAGAAGAGAAAAAUUCCAUGGCAACACCAAUAUCCUCACGCGUGAAAGAUAAAAAUAGUAUCUUGACUGCGUGCAAUGAAGAUUUGAUUUUUUAGUAAGAGGAAAAAUCCUGGUAUUUCAUCAGUAUCUAUAUAAUAAGUAUAUAUAUGUCCUUGGUAGGCAAGGGGUUAAAAAGCAAAUUCAGUUUAAUUCUUCUUGUCUACAAUUAAUUUUGAUUAUUGGAUACUCUAAAAAACAAUAGAGAAAAUUAUCAGGGAAAAUGCUUUAUAACUGAGGAAACAGAGACCCCGGUUAAAAUUUAACGCUGGAUUAGUGCUAAUUGGUCCCCAACCAACUGGGCCCAGGAUAAAAAGAAAAGAAAAUGGUCAGUGAUUAUUAUUUCAAGCAAAUGUGUACAUGUAGCUCACUUUAACUUAAGAAAUUCCAUAAACAUGAGCUAUUAUAAACACCACGAUUGGCUGCAAUUAUACCACGGAACUGACCCAAGUUAUUAAAUCAGGUGACAGUACAGGCAGUAAGUCCCAAGCCUUGACAUUUUAAUUGACAGCCCUGCUGAUUAGUUAUUUUUUAUCUGUAGGUCGAUUCGAAUGACAGUCUGGCAAAGAUUGCACUCAGAUUUGACACCACCCCUUCUGAGCUGACGAGAAUUAACAAGCUUUCCUCUCGUAUGCUUUUUCCUGGGCAGGUGAGGAACAUUACACACAGUGCACACACUACAGAAUAAGCUUCCCAUGGCAAUAUGCCAUGCCAACUCAAUUUUAAGUUUUAAUAAACUCCUCAAGACUUUUUAUUUGAAAAAAGCAUUUAUAUUAAUAUUUAUUGUCGUUGAAUAAUAAUCAUUGUAAACCAUAAUCAAUGUCAAUCUUUGUAGAUUUUUUGCAUUAUGAGCCUUUGCGUAUGGAACCUGCGCAAUAGAAAUAUUAAAUAUUAUUGUUAUUAUUAUGAGCCAAAGUAGAAAGUGUUGUGCUUAAAAUGUAUGAUGCUCUAACAUGGUGCCUAUAUUCUGGGUUGCAUAUCAGAAAGCAGUAUUUUCAUCCAUGCUUGUACUUUGAAUACAUGUAUGGACCACUAACCUCGAGUUAGUUUUACUUUUGACCAUGCGUACAUAAGUACAAGAUUCAUUUUGUGUAUGAACAUUCAAACCAAGCUACAAUGUAAAGGCUGGCUUCAAGAAAAACUGCCCAGCCCAGCAUAUGAUUUGUAUUAAAAAAUUAAGAUUUUGUGAUUGGUCAAGAGCUACUAGGGCACAGACCUGAAGUUCUCUCAGUGCUUUAGUUGUAGAUAGACUAAUUUUAUCCCUUUGGAACAUUGGAUAGUGCCAGACAUAAAUGUAUGAAUGUAAGUCACUAUCCAGCAGAUACUGUGAGUAUUAAGAAAACCAUUAGGGACUUGUCCAGUGAAUACACAUGGGGUGUUAUCAAAACUAAGACCCUCAUAAACUAAGACCCCCGAAAUAUGAAGACUAAUUGUAACUGAAAUAAGGCUAGUCUGUCAAAUUGUCUUCUGUCCGAACCAAUCCUUAAAAUAUAUAUGAAGUUGAAUUACGGUCGUUCAAAGACUAUAAACCGUAAAACAACCACAAACUAUCAUCUGCCUGCUGAGGAUCCACUUGUAAUAAUUUGCAGACAUAUCAGUAUUGAGGAUGAAAGCCACAGACUACCUGUGUAUAAUUGUACACUGAAAAUAUGCCUUACCCUGCCGUUUGGGCUAUAAGUUUGGUUGUUUAUCUUUGAAAAUCGUAAAAUUGGCUUUCCACUGGAGAUGGAUUUUUGUCUUCGUUGCCAGCUGACGUGUCACUGCAACCCUGAUGGCGUUACUUUGAUCAUCAAGUGCAUGGUCAUUGCAGCGUUAUCAGUCAAACAUCACACAAACAUACGGGCUUUUCCCUUUUCUGGCAAGGCUAUAGCCAGAAAAAUGCUUUCAUAAGGGCAAAAAAAAAAGUAUAUGCUCCAUUGCAUUUUUCAAGAGUUUAUUAUUUUAGAUCGUUGCCAUCCUGGAGAUCACCAGAAACCAGAAUACUGAUAUGUCUGCAAAUUAUUAUUACAUGUCUGUUAACAGUACAAGUCUGCUCAAAUUUUAAACCAAGCUGAAAAUCGGUUGUUUUUACAACUUAAGUCAGAAAGAAUUCUUUAUAUUUUGUUGGCGUUUUUAAUACAACAAUAAUUCCACUCGCGCUUGUUGGAUAUGAGAUAAGUAUAGCCAACUCGGCGCUACAUGCCUCGUUCACUAUCUACAAUCUCAUAUCCAACUUGCACACGUGGAAUAAUUGUUAAUUACACAUGAUGCUACAAUAUUAAUUUUUGUGUCUUUGGCUGCUAUUACAAAAUGUAGUUUUGACUUUACACUAUGGUACACGCAUAGCUGGUUCUUGACAACUUGCAUUUUGCAGCCUAUGGUAAUGGGAAGUGAGUUUCGAACUGUAAAAUUGAUAGUUAUAAUAUCAUUUAAAGCUUCUUUCAGGUGCUUCAAGGUGGCUAAAUUAAUUAUUAAACAAACUAUUAUUUGACUUUUAUUACUAUGGGAUAUCUCUUAAAGGUAUUUGAAAAACACAUGCUAAUUAAUCUGAUCACAUAUGAUGUUUCUCAACUGUUCUAAUUCCAAAGGCCAUGGUUAUAGAGUGUAUUUCCAUUUGGCCUAGGUUUUAUCUAAAAACCUGUUUGAGGGUAUGUGCUAAGGGAAAUUAUUUCUAAUAAUUUAAUUUCCUGAAGAUUUGGUUAAUGUUCCCAGAUGAAUACAUUGUUCACUGAGCUGUGUAUUAACAUUUUAACCACUCAUGCCAUCUCUGCCAAAUUUUUUCAAGGAAAUAUAAUUUUUUUUGGAAUUUGUCCAGACAAGAACUUGAAAAUUCAAUAGUAAGUCAGGCAAAAGCUCACUUCUCUGUAUUAAGCAGUGAUUCUUUCAUGAAUAGUCACAUUCUCAGCUUUUACAUUUUUAGUUGUAAUCUGAGCCUUGCCACUCAUACAUGUACCUCCAAGCUCACUCUAUCAUAAUUUUUAUUAUUCUUAUAAUGCAUAGUUUUAUGUAAUUUAAAUACUGUUAGCACCUCAGGUUUUUACACUGCUUUUAAAAUUUUUCUUGUUUGCGAUGGAUCUCAUUUUAUCAGCUGUAAGUUAAGUGAUUUUAUACAACCUCAAGCCAAGUUUUUCUAAAUUUUGAGCUAAAGAAGGGUACACUGUACUUGGGUCAUAGCCAAGAUUCUUUGGUUUUUAGCAGCAGACUUCUCCAUUUGUUAUUAACAUUGUCAAAAUGGACAUGAAUAUUCACCGAAGCAGAGCAAGUCGUGUUGCCUAGUUUUCAGGGCUUUAGCUCUUCUAACAGUGAUUAUUAUUUUCCUUCGUCAAGCAAAACUCAAAAUACUCACAAAGAAAUCCCCUUGCAUCUAAAAUAUACAAACAAAUCAUGGCGAAGUUUUGACCAAUUUUCAGUCUUGUCAGAUGUGCUUAGCAACCAGAAAAAUUUCCUUAACAUGUGCUUGGGCCAAGAUGCUCUUCUGUUUACAUAUUAACCUUUGUUCAAAGCUUGGGGUCUCCUUAAAAUGCAAUGGGCCAAAUAUUUAAACGUAGUUUAGCCAGUGUUUAACAAAACCUUGUUCUAAGUCAUUUUCAGUCUGCCCAAUGAUUUUAUCUAAACAUCAUUUAUUUUGAACGGUUUUAGGAAAGCAUAUUGAGAAGACAGAAAAGUAUUUAUCUUCUAAAAACAACUCACCAAAGACAAGACCUGUAGGUUCAAAGAUUCGUUAAACCGUGGCUUAAGUUAGACUUUGUUUAAAUAUUAUUUGGCCCAAUAUUUUUAUUGUAUUUUUCAUCAUCAUUAAUCUUGUGUUAGAUAUGGGAGAUUUAGGGUUUUGGGUCGUAGCUAGGAUUGGCUUACACAUGUACAGAAUGCAAUAGUGCUUUUUACUUAAUGCUUAGACAUACAUGUAUUUACCUCAGUCUUGCAUUGAUAUAUUUUUAUUGUAUUGUUUUCUGAUUAGGUUUAUUAAUUAAUCUAUUUAUAAUUAUUUUUUGGGCAGACACUGUUUGUUCCAGAAAAUCCAACAGAAACAAGGAUUCCAGCUGAAAAUCCUUCAUUAGAACCAGUUACGAAACCUCCACAGCCACUGAAUGUUAAGGUACGGAACAUGCUCUAAUAGUCCAAACUACUCAAGAGCUGCAGGCCUGGGUUCAAGUCCUUGCUGGACUAUCACUCAUGGUCCUUAAAAAAUUAAGUUAAGACAGAAUCCACCAAGAAAUUGAGUAUUUUUAAUUUUCAGUGGACAAAAACCUUGUACCAGAAAAAUUUUAACAAUAUCCCAUUCUUUUUCACACUUUUGAAGGGCUAUGGAUCAGUGCUCGACUUUCCGAAAAAAAUCUUGGGGCCAGCUGGCCCCCAAGUCUUCAUUUGUGGUCGCCAGAACAAGACGUAGUAUUCUGGUCACCAAAAAUUAUAUUUUUAAGAAUUAAUGAAAUACAAUGAACUUGACAUCUUUUACUAAGCCUUACCAGAAAAUGAAUUGUUUAGACUUCCUUUUGAACUUUCUUUCGAACUGUUUUCACUCGAGGCUUGAUUACCAGCCAGUGUUCAGGAAAACGAGCCCACAUUCAAGAGUAAAUCUCCUCAAACAGGUAUUCAAGCUUAAGGUUCAGGAAAUGGAAUACACAGUUAGAUGAACAAGCUUUAAACUUCAAUAAUUAGGUUAUUAAAGAACUAAAUCUGCAAACAUCUGUUUUGCAUGCCAUGUAUUUGUAUGUUCCAGAAAUGAACAUCGGUAAAACUUGAUCUACAUGUGAUCGGAAGUCUCCAAAAUUAAAUUAGGCAUAUACAUGUAAGUGAAUCACAACAUACAGUGUACAUACCUUGUGAUUACAAUGGACAGUUCUCUUGGUCUCAAAGUGACUGGUAACCUUGUAAUCUUGCCCUCUAUAAUCUACAUGUAUUUAUGGUAUACAACUCAGCAAUGUGGACAUUCAGCUUCAGCUUAGUUCCCCACCCCCAUGUCUAUUUUGGAGAUUUGGACUGUGUUUUUCCCCUUUUACUCUUAGCCCAAAUUAUGCAAAUUAUGGCAAGAUUAAUAUUUCUUGUUACUCUAAUAUUGAAAUCUGUCGGCAAAAUCCUGUGGUGUUACCAUUCAUAUCAGUGAAACCCGUUUGGCAGAAUUUUUGCAUGGUGCCAUUUAUUUUGUGGGAUUUCACAAAAAGAUAUUUUGGAAUUUUGGUGAAAAUUUUCUUUAGCCUCUACUAGGAGUAAAAAGUUACAGUUACACUACAAUUUUAUUAAUUUUGUAGGAGAAUGGUACUGCACAUGAGGGUGAUCACGAAACAAUUAAACUAACCAAGGAUGUGUCAUGGGAAGAAGAGGAAGAGGAAGUUACUGAACAUUAUCUCAAGAUUUAUGCCAAAUACAUAACUGAUGGCCAGGUGAUUUUCAAAUAAUAUUAUCAUUAUGCAGUGUAGUCAGUAGAAAACUUAAAGGAGCCGUGUCAUGAAAUUUAGCCAAAUUAGGAAAUUACAAAAUACCUGUUAAAUUUAGAGAAACAUAAAAAUAACCGCUUAAAACUUUAAAAGGAAAGUAAAAAUAACAUAACAGAAACAACAGAUGUCACAGAUGAGCGAAACUGAAGAAGACUGAAACGGAUUGAAAUCAGGAUUUUUGAAAACUGUUCAGCCUAACAGUUUUUCAAAGUUGAUCCCUGCUGCUUGCAACUUCAAAAAUAAUGCUCAGGAGACAUAUUUGUUUGUCUGGGAUCUCUGAUUUUUUCAUAAACCUGUAAUUUCUUUGCUUACUUUAAGUUCCAUAGCGAUUGAGGGCGAGUAAUUGCCAAAAUUAAACAAAAGGAACUGGACUGCCGUGACACAGCCCCUUUAAGCAAUGAUGAUGUCGACAGCACUGAAAAGGUCCCAAAGAAAGGUUAAAUUCUUUCAAACUAAUCCAAUAACAUUUUUCAUGAGUCCAUUGUCAUGGUUGCCGAAGAUCCCCAAUAGGCACUGGUGGCUGACAACCAGGGUUUCCUUUGUCACUUAUGAAUAAUAAUAUUAGGGUAUCAAAGAAAAUUAAUUCUGAAUUGUACAAGGUUGAAUACUGGAUUAACCUAUGGAAAGGUUUAACCUACAAAAAUAAUUAUCCCAGGAAUGUGAUAAUUAGUUUUAAAAUGUUAGAAUAUCUGAUGUUGAGUACCGAGGUCCUUCAAAGGAGGCCAUUGCCUCACUAUUAUUUUUUUUGUUGUUUUCUCAGGGCAUUGCCAAUGGUGUUCUAUUGAUUACUCCGCACUCUGUCAUGUUCAAGCCCAAUGUGUCGGACCCUUUGGUGAUGGACAGGGGACAGGAUACAUACAGCAUAGCCACACUAAUGACGUCCGUCACAAGUGCUGCAAUGUAUACAGAUAUAGCUGCUAUGGCAAUUCAUGAUCCUCUAAAACCUGGAAGGUGAGCCCAACAGUACAGUCGCAGGGCACGGAAAUAAUUGAGUUCUAGCGUGUCUUUUGGGUAAGCAGAUCUCACAUUUUAGGUGCCUGGGGUGACUUCUUGCUUGUCUUACUCAACAAGGGCAGAUUUAGGGGUGGGUCCAGGUGGUCCCUGCCCCUCUUAAGAUUUAAGCCCUUUAUUCUUAGUGUCUCAUUUUCAUUGAAUAUUUUUUAGGUUUUACUUGGAUGCUGCUGCGGCAGAGACAUUGAGUCGUCAAAACAGCAUAGAUGUUGAGACAAUAUCAGAAUCAACUGUGUGUGACGACUCUGGUAAACUCUGUACAGAUCAAAAUAAGCCAUCAGAAUCAUCACCCUCCUUAAAUGUAAAUGAAGUAAAAGAAAGGGUGGAGAGCUCAGUUGACACUGCGGACAGAUGCACCUGUGUUGCGUCAGGGAGUACAGUUGUGGAAAAUACUGAAGACAUUAAAGUUAUUGUACAUGAUCUUCUUGAAAAUCUCAUAAACAAGAUAACAGAACUUGAAAAUAGCCACGAAGGAGCCUCAGUGGUUGUGAAAGACGGUAUUAGGGCUAGGGAUAUUCACUCUGUUUCACCAAUGUCAGAAGACUCGGGAAUUGGGUGUUCCCUGGGUCAUACAGAUGAUGGUAAAAAUGAAGACUCCGAGCUUGUUGAUCAAAAACAUGAUGGUUUGAAUGUUUCAAUGACCUCUCAGCAGUCAAGCGAGCAUGUAAGAGUUGACCAUGAGCAAGGUCAAGUUGCUUAUGUUAAGGAGUCUAUGUCAGAGUCAUUGUUUGCAGCUUUAAGCAGUAAUGUCAAGUAUUGGCUAGGACAAGGGAGUUAUGAUCAAACUGGUAAGAUCAGUGUUUUGUUUUUUCUUUUUCACAUUAAUCAAUGGCAUUUCAUUGCACUUACUUAAACUCACACUAAAGAGAUACAGUGAAACCUGUAUUAAGCGGACCCCCUUGAGACCGUCCCAAGUGUCUGCUUUUUAAUAGAGAGUCAAGUCAAAUCAAAUCAAAUCACUUGUUUAUUGUCCCUUUUGCAGUCAGAAGACUGAAUAAUAGGAUACCUUACAAGCUGUGAUAUAAUUAUAUACUAAUAUGCUACAUUUAUUGAGAAGAUUGAUAUUUAACACCAACAAAAUUUGAGAAACGUUCGGUCCUUGUGGCCAUGGGCCUGCUAGAACUCCCUGAUCUUAGACACACACUGGUAGAUAUAGGUACCACUCUGUUGUGUAUUAGAGUGUCUAGUUAAUAGAGGUUUGUAAAAAUUGCACAAUGUUUGGUAAUGAUUACCAUUCAACGGUUACUCUGUACUGUGAGAAAGUUCCAUGUUGUUAAGGGUGCUAAGGAAGCUGUGCUGUACUUUGUGCAAGACUUUUAGGUGAACUUUGAUCGUGGAUGACAAUCUUAUGGCCGAAUAUCAGUCUAAUCUACAGUUUUCUGACAGCUAAUUGUAUUGAUUUAACUUCAUCAAUUGACUACAGUUCGUAUUUCAAGGAUGUAAUCCAAUACUACUAUUGUCAAUUCAGUCCAGUGUCCGCUUAAUAUAGGUUUUUAACAAUUAUAGAAAUAAGCCAGAUACAAUUUAUUUUAGUGUCAGUGUCCGCUUGAUAGAGGUGUCUGCUGAAUAGGUGUUUGUUAUAAAAGGAAGUAAUAAAGUAAGACAUUAAUUUUGGGACCCACCUUAGUGUCCACUGAAAGGAGGUUUCACCAUAACAUUCUUUUUCAGUUAAUAAGGAGGAGGUGCAUAUAGUUCCAAAGCCUGCUACACCUAUCCACCACCAGCCAUUAUAUCUUUGCUUAAGAAUUAGCAAAAAACACUGGUGUCGGCAUCACAGUGCCACAGGACAUCCAGUCUACCCCGGAGAGGAACUUUGUGAUAGAGAUAUGAAAAGAAGAGAGUAUUGGUUUGCUAUUCCACCGUCAAGGUUGGUACACAGUCACUUUUAGUGUCAUUACCAUCUUUUGGGUUUAACAUUUAUGCAUGUUUAUGCCUAAACGUUGUAAGUCUUUGCUUAACAUAAUCUUUGUGUUUGGCAGAUAAUUUAAAACAAAUGUCAAUAUUUUUACAGCUAGAAGCUACGAGUUAGAAAGGCAGGGCUGUCACUAAGAGUGGGGGGCUGGGGUUUUUCCCAGGCUACUACGAGUGUGAGCCCCGUCUACUCUUAUAGGAAACAAAGGAAAAUAGAACCAAAAGAACUUGCAUCAAUUUAGGUUUUUGGGAAACUGCCCACCUACCCCUUCCCUAAGCCAACAUUUUGCCCUAAACGAGAAGUAAGUGUUAAUGUUGACUUAGGGGAGGGGUAGGUGGGCAGUUUCUCAGAAACUUAAAUUGAUCCAAGAACUUCCUAGCUGUACAAUUCCCCUCCUACUAAUUGCAUAUACCCGGUGACUUGAGAUUUUAGCGACAGCACUGGAAAAGGACUAUUUAAUAGCCCAUUUGGCCUUUGGUCUCAAGGGCUAAUGACUCAGAGGCCAUGAGGGCGAGAGGAAUAAUUGUUUUAGUAAAAUCCAACUAGUUGGUCAAAAAUAUCUCGACAAAACAACUUAAAGCAAGACUUUUAUCCUUUUUUAUCGCCAAAACUCCGUUUUUUAAGCUACUAAAUAACAUAUACAGUCGAACCCGCUAUUUUUCAGUCCCGAGGAAAUGAAAAAAGUUAGUAGGGGCUUCAAAUAACAUAAGUAUAGGGUAAAUCUAAGGGCAUUCGAUCUUCCUUCGAAAUAGCGGUGACUUCGAAUUAACCGAGUUCGAAAUAGCGAGGUUCGACUGUAGCAUAGUAGUAGCUCAACCAAUCAGAACGCAGCAUUGAUAACAGACCACCAGUUGGAUUUUACUAACUACAGUUAGAUCUUCUGGGAUGUUUUUUAGUCCAGAACUUAGAGUAAAAAAGUGAGAGUUGGGUUAAAAAGUGGUUGCUGUGGGUCGGUGACUUUGAUUUAACAAUGUAUAAGAAAGGGUCCAAAAAAAACUUGCAAAAGGACAGGUUUAUAACUGGACAGCUAAUAAAUUUGUGAUUAAAAAAAGGCAAGCUCAGACAUGUGUCCAAGAUUUUAAAAUCGACUGUGCACAUGUGCUCGUACAUACUAGCAUAUAAGAGAUGUUAAAACUUUGAGUAGGAUAUUGUGUAAACAAAAGUUAUCCAUGUAUUUGAAAUCAGGAACAUAAACUUUUCUGACAUCCUCUGUUCCUAUCCAAUUUCUCUCCUACAAAAAAUUAAUAUUUAUUUAGGUUUGGGGCUAAAGUUGUCGUGCAUUAUCAUGUUUUUUUUAUCCUUUUCCACAUCACACUCGUGUAGUGGAGCGUGGGCCAAAAAUAGGGCACCGUGGCAAGAAAAAUAAAGGGCAGACUGCUUCUUUUUAAGUCUUCUCUCCAGUAUUUAGUUAUUAUUAUUUUUUUUUUGCAACAGCUAGUAUUUUGGGGUAGUCAGAGUUUUUCUUGUAUUCACAGGACAGAGCAAGUGUAUAGAUUCUUUCAAAAGUGGUGUCCAAACAUACAUAACGCACUGGAUGAUGAUGAAAGUGAAGAUGAUGAAAUGACAGAUCCACACUACUGUACUGCGGAGGAAGAGGUUAAUAGACUAAUUACCCUCCCCACAGACGUCCUUUGGGGUUCGUUUGUCACGCAUUCAUUUAUGCGUGACAAACGAACCCCAAAGGACGUCUGUGGGGAGGCUAUAGACUAAUAAGCCUGUUCACGGUCUUCCAUUUUUCCUUAAGAUCAUCAAGAUCGAUUGCUUACCAUUCUGUGCGGCCAUCUUGGUUUCAAAUGAACCGAGGGGCCUACACUUAAUUCCAUCCGCCAAACUGACGUUGACACAUUAAUGAUUCGUACACAAAGUAGGGUUAGGGUUAGGGUUCGUACACAAAGUAGGGUUAGGGUUAGGGUUUGGGUUAGGGUUAGGGUUAUAUAUUUAAAUCAAAUUGGAAUUCGUCACCAAAUCCUCGGUGGUGUAGGGGUUAGAGUGAUGCACUGCAGAUCGGAUGCUCCGAGUUCGACUUCCACUCAUUCUGCUAUCCUAAAUUGUUUUUUUCCUUAAGAAUUGAAGACACUUUGACUUUUAUGAACAUUUCAUCAAGAAAUUUCAUAUAAGAAAAGUGAAAUGUCUUGUGAGAGGAGGAUGUCAGUUUGGUGGAUGGAAUCAAGUGACGACCGAACCGAGGGAGUGGGUGUCAGGGUUGAUAGCGGUGGGGGAAGUGAGGCCUUGUGAUAAACUGUCCCAUCAUCCCUUAAGUAGAUUUGAUAAUCAUCCCCAGGCUGGACAUAGGGGUUUAUAGCAGUGUGGAAAGGGAGUUCUCCUCCCAAACCGUCCUCUCUCCCUAAGUAGAUUUAAUACUCAUCAUUUGGCUAGACUUGGCACAUUGUGAAACUAAGAUGGCCACCCUUUAGGGGUUGGUGCUCGAUCCCAAUGAUCUUACAGAAAAAUAGGGGACUGUGAACAGUCUAUUGUUAUAAAAGAACAUAAACAGUUUUCUGUGUCACUCAAGUAAACUUCAUUUUAGUAUAAAAUGUUUCAGAAUCAGUCUCGUUUUGAAAGUGAGGGUUUUUUGGUACUCUGAAUUAGCCAGUUGCUUUUCUUGUGUAUUAAUACAGUGGAAACUCUUGUAAGUGACAGCCCCAAGGGCAAAGAUGGAGUGGUCGCUUACAGGAGCUGAUUACUUACGAGGAUUAUUGAUCCUCAGAGGGUCUAUUCAUAGUAAAGAAGCGUUUUGAACACAUCUACAUUUUGGAAGAGAAUUCUUAACAUGCAAUAUGUAUUUUCUUGUUGUGUCCCUAAAAGCUCUUCGCAUAUCCUGACUAGUGACAUUCAGCAAACAUACAGAUCAAACCAUGAGCCAAGUGGUCGCUUGAAAGGGUGUAAAAAAAGCAUGGAAAAUUCUAAUACCGUCAUCCAAAAAAGUGGUGGCGGUUGCUUACGAGAGGUUCCAACUUUAGUGAUUAAACUGAGAAAUUUUUGGUGUUUUGGAUGGUUGGUUGCUUAUAGGAGGUGUUUGCUUACAAGAGGUGGUCGUACAUGGAGGUUCGACUGUAUUGCACCUAUCCUUUCAAGCUAUAAUGCACCAAAGAGGCUCACGCGUGUUUUUUCCGUUUCUUUUUGUAGGGUUUAGAUUUAGUGGAGACAUUUUAUUCAAAUAGUCCUCCAGUUCAUUCACAUCCAAAGGUAAUGAAAGUGUUUCCAGAAAGCAGACACCUCAUUAUUAUGGACAGUUUGCUUUGCCCCUGGGGAAAGAAAUCCCCUCCAUUUUCUCUAAAUUCAACCCGCUUAAUACGGAAACCUUGUUAAUACAGGCAUUUUCAAUGACCCCCUUAGUGUCUGUAUUAAUGGCGUUUCACUGUACUUGUCUGGACCUCCAGACAUGACCUUUUUGCAAAUCCCGAUGCGGGUGACAUACGGUACUCUUGCUAUGAGGAGGUCUGAAAGUAAAGGGUGAAAUGAAAAUACUGUUAGACUAGGUCUUUAUAUCUGAGAACAUUAUCAUGUAAAAGGUAAGGGCUUUCUUUCCUAUGGAACAAAGCAAACUGUCCAUAAUAAUGAGGUGUCCAUAAUUAAGUCAUAGUGGGUGUACGUAAAGUGGCGUUUGACUGUGCGGACACUUUUUAUGGCCCCCUCAGUUUCCAUAUUAACAGGAUUUACUUUACUUUGAAUAGUCCACGCGGAAAUGGAAGAAUACCCAUGACUUAUCCCAUUGGUUUCUGUCUUUCUCACAGCUGACCAAAGCUCUCAGCGAGGGAGACGCACCCAGGGUCAAGAAAAGUUCACGUGGACUGACAGCCAAGCCUGGAAAAGCUGCCAAGGUUAUGGCAAGGUUAGUUUAUCUUGCUACAGUACAAAUGGUGGUCCAUGAUUAGAAACUGAAAAACCGCAUUUGCGCCUCUCUAAUGUACAUGUAUAUCUCUUAACCCUUCACUCCUAAUGGUACGCUACAUCAAAAUUCGAGAAGAAAUUCAAAUUUCAUUUUUAAAAAUAUGAGAAAGCAAAUAGUAUCGCGUGAAAGGGUUACUAGAGAGGUCUCAUUUAUUGGUCACAUUAUAGGAUUUCAUGCACAGACUCAAAAGUUACAUGUAGGACUACACAAGAAAAUAAAUAGUACCAUUGAAAAGUACCGCUAAAGAGGUUUCAUUUGAAGAACAGAAUGGUCACACGAUAGGAUUUCAUCCACAGACUCAAAAGUUAUAAGAGCCACUAACACGCUCCUCCGCGCGAAACGCCCCCAGCGGCGAAGAGCGAGGAGAAACGGAUGUUUUCGCCGGCUAACAACACUCGUCAUAAUCGCAACACUCGUCACAGUCACAACACUUGUCAGAGUCACAACACUCGUCAGUGUUACAACAGUCGUCAAGCUCACAACACUCGUCACAGUCACAACACUUGUCAGAGUCACAACACUUGUCAGAGUUACAACACUCGUCACAGACACAACUCUUGUCACAGUCACAACAGUCGUCAGGGUUACAACAGUCGUCAGAGUGUUUUGCGUAAUCGAAUUUCCUUCAAGCGCGUGGAGAGUCUCCUUGUCUUUUCUUGACUUUUAUUUAGCGACUCUGCGCUUGAUUGGAUCUGCCUUCCGCUUGCGGCUUUACUUAUCGCACUGGCUGGUCUGGCCCCCGAAUUAAAGUACCCGUUAUCCGAAUAGAAAACCAACUGCGUAUGCUUCCAAGUUAUAAAUCCGAGCAAUGUUUCAAAAAAUACGUUCGGUGACAUUUAAUUAGCCUGUUGUCACAAGCAGGCGUUGUUAGCCAGUCGUCACACGUCACUGUUAGAGCAGGUGAUUGGUCAUGCGCAACUCCGCUGCAUUAUACUGUAAGGGGGAAUUUUCAGUGUUUUUGACUUAAUCGUUCAUCUUGUUGUUGUGAAAUCUAGGAUAAAGUCAUGGAAAAUUUGAGCUCUUGUCAAAAUCAUAAAAAGAAUGUUACGGUGAAAUUGCGACAGGAUUUCAUAAAAAUUAUAAAAAAAAGGUCUUUUGAAAGAAAAAAUAAACAAGAGAAGCAUUCUGUCGAUUGAUUUUGUUGCUCCAAAUGACUUAAUGCAGAUCCCGUGAAAAAUUCAAAGAGAAGAAUAAUCCUUUUUCCUUCGGUUAUGUUACAGCUGUUUAGUUCAUUAAUAUUUCUGUUUUAAAAUAAUGGUAACAGGACUUCGUGUCGUCGAGUUCGGUCUGUAAUCAUACUCGUGAAUAAUCAAAUCGGAUUCCAGCUAGGCGGUCGUCCGAUUUUGUUAGUCACUCAUAUUGAUUGCAGACCGAAUUGGACUCCACUUCAGUCCUGUUACCAUUAUCAACAAAAUGAAGUAAACAGCUGUGACACAGCCCCUCUGUGGUGAGGUAGAAAAACGUUUUGGCAGUUACUAAGGAAGGAACUAAAGCCGGAAAGGGAAAAAAGAUUAGUGUCAGGGGCAACGAAUGACUGUUUUCUCCGACUGUAAAAUAUUUGUUGGGAGAAGCAAAAUUUGCCUAGAAUACUCUAUGGCUUGAGGAAGGCUAAAAAAUCUCUAGAUUUCAUGUACAUUGUACUAUUUUCGAAGCAUAUCUAAUAAAUUCCCGAAGAUUUUUGAAAGUUCAAUUUUUCGCAUUUCACUGCCCAGGUUAUGCUAUUUUUCGUAGACAAAGGAAACCUAAAAAUUUCGGAUUCGAAAAUACGAUGGAGAGAGGAAUAAAAAAAAUUCUUACUUUCGUAAAACUUUAAAUAAUUGCAUCUAAAAAUUUUCGGGAAAAUAAUACUGAAGCCUUGUAAUGUCGAAAAGACUCAAGUUGCCAUAGGAUAACCGAAUAGCCGAUACAAAUUUUAUAGCGUCGUUUAGAAUACAAUUCUAGAGGUCUAAAAGUACUCUGGAUAGCCUAAAAAGUGUUUUCAAUGCUUUUCGGAGGGUACUCCUGUUAGUGUAACUAAACGAUCGAUCGUGAUGUUAGCCAGCUCACGUGUAGUCAACCCAUGACAAUCACUGAAAUACCAUAAGCUUUUUACCUGGUGAUGAUCAGGUACUUUAUUCUUGUUUCCGUUGUGUCACGAAAUUUCUCAAAAUUCAAACAAUGGAGCCUACCACCAAAAAUAACUGCUCAAAAUAUUUAAAGAGGGUAUGCAUGACAGUGUCAAUACAAAAGGAGGUACGGAUGGACAAUCCUGAAGAAGAUUUGAAAGGAUUGCUAUUGUGGUCUUUGAAUGAACUUGUUGGCCUAACAGCUUUUCAAAGUUCAUUCUUGUUGUUUGCAACAUUUUGUGUAAAGCUUUUGGAGAGACAUUUGUUUGAUAGGAAGCUUUGAUCUUGUCUUUUACAAGUGAAUUCCUCGCUAGCGUCAAGUUCCUAGGGGGAAAAAUGGUGUGUUAUAGGCAAUAUUGAAUGAAUAACAACUUUGUUAAUGUGUCAAUCUUUUAGCUGGCUGCACGUAUCCAACUAAUCGUGGACACCUAAUUAAUAAAAUCUGUUUAAGUUUAUAAUUACAUUUGAUAAUAUUCACAAUGAUUAUUUACAAUGUAAAAAAUAUGAAAUAAAAUAUCAAUAAAAUUACUUUAAUAGCGUUAAAAAAUCAAAAAAAUAAUUACAAUUUUUUUUUCUAAAAGUAAGCGAGAGCUCAAAUUAACAAAUACAGUCUCAAGUAUGAACUAGACAUCCGUGACACAGGUCCUUUUAUAAGAAGUUAGUCGCUGGUCAGGUUGAAGGUUCCUUGAUAUAUAUGGUACGAGAAACUUCACGUCUAAGGUUAACAGUUCAUAGAGCGUCAGUGUUAUCCCAAAAAAUUUACGGUUCAGAUCGGGUUUUUUCAGUGUAAUCCAAAGUUUUGUGUACACACAUAGUACCAACUCCGACUCUCUCUCUCAUCAUGUGCUCGCUGUUUUCUUUUAAUCAUACCGUUCUCGUUGUCGAUAGUCCCAAGCCGGAUUUUCUGGAGGAUGGCUUUCAGUUACCAGACAUGGAUUCCAAGUCAGAAAUCCUUACUGAGGACCGAUUGAUCGCUGUAAGUAAUAUUUAAUUCUUUUAAUGCUGUCAGCCACCUAAAUCGAUGUUCAAAAAAAAACUUAAUUUUCGUUUUCUAAAAUCCUGGCGAGAAUACAUUGUCACGGAAGUGUAUUUUAAAGAAUUUUCAUUUGGAUGGUAACACCAAAGGAUUUUAUUCACAAACAAGUCUUCGUAGCCGGCGGUUUUUAAAAAGGAGUUUAAGAUAUCGCAAAGAUGACAGCAACGAGAGCACCGGAAAAGCUGUAGGUUAAAUGAGCUAAACAACAACUUACACAGUUCGGGAGUAUGCCAGUUGUGGAAGAAGCGAAACCAAUGGUCUACGUCACCAACCAUAACAUGAUAACCAUGACGAUGGUCAUAUUCAAAACAUACAAAAUGGCGGACAAGGGAGAGGAAAGAGUAUUGACCAUAAUUCUCGUUUAUUCCUUGUUUUAUCGAGCCUUUUAUUUGUCUUCUCGUUACCAUGAAUUGGGAAGUACCUUGAGGACAGGGAGUAACCAUUCUUGCGCUAUAGUUCUAGCUUAUCGCGCGCUUAGUGGACACUACGUAGUCACUGCGUAGGUAAUCAGUACUUCGAAAAUAGGUAAGCACGCUAACAAGUUUGUGCCUAUUUAUUUCAUUGAUUUUUUAUAUUAUAAGAAAAAAGAAUGCUUUGGAAACUACUAGGAAUAAUAUAAUUUAUUUCCUUAUGUUUGCAAAGAGUAAGUUUAAAUGUAAUUUUGCCCGUUGUUUCUGUUUCUCACGGGAGUGAGCAUCUUCGGAGACCCAGGGGCGGUCAUUGGGGCCGGAAGAAAAGGCUCGACGAAAGUUUUCAAGCACAGGCGGACGAGGCCCUGGGUGCCGACUCUCACCGGCCAUUUCCAAACGGUCAAGCGAAUGCUGGCUCCUGAUUGGGCACAAAAAAUGCUUUGUAUUAUUGUGCCCAAUCGACGAGCAGCAUCUCCUGAGUUCUUUUCGUGAGUUCGUACACGACGGCUAUUGACCCGAUCACGGCUUGUCUGGCUUAUGCACCAACGGAAUGCACGCAAUCAGGAAACUUUCAGUUUGAUAUAAACUCUCCAUUUCAAAAUACUGUCUACCCGAAAACUAAAUACGCUCUCGCCCAUACUAAAUAAACAGUACCAUGUGUUCUGGGCGUGGUUGAGGCCCCAUGCCCCUUAACGAGACCUUAUUAAAACAGGCAGCUAAAAGACUUGAAUUGCGCGAUAGAUGUUGAAGUCGAAUGCGGUCUACAGCACAGUAUAAUGGCGUUUUUAACUUUCUUUUACAUGUUUCUUUACAAACAGCUCCAAGCGAUAUCUGUAUAGUCAGGUCUCUCUUAACGGACACCUAAAUAAGACGGACGCCUCCCUAGAACGGACUCUUACGGUAGGGGUCGGAUCAUUUUAGGACUCUUGGAAACUACCCACCUACCCCUCCCCUAACCCAACAUUUUGCAAUAAGUGAGACGCAAUUGUUAACGUUGAGUUAGGGGAGGGUUAGGUGGUUAGUUUCUCAGAAACCUUAAUUGAUCCGGGGUCUCUGCCUUUCUUUACUCCCCUUAUUUGACUCUCUAUAAGACGGACAUCAAUCUUGGAGGGACACUUGGUGCCGAUCCCAAGAUGUCCUUGUUGGAGAGAGUUGACUUUAUUGUUUAACCCUUUAAGCCCAAUAUCCAAAUACAAAUUCUCCACACUAGUGUCUAUACAUUGCCUUAUAGAAUUGGUCGAGAGAAUUUGAUCAAAAAUCAAAGCAUUUCUCCUUUGUUCAUCAUUUUGUUAAUUCUUCCAACCUUUUUUCUUGAUAAUGUAUUGAUAUAGUUAGGAGAAAUACAUGUUGGUAACUCUUGAAACUUAAAGGGUUAAAGAUAUUUUGCUUUCCGUCCUGAAAAUCCCAAGUGAGACAAAAAUGUGCAAUUUGCAUCCCUCAAUCUCUGUUAUAGAUCGUUAGACAUCGGGGUGUUGACAACCGAAAUCGAUGCUUCUGCAUGUCUCGCACGCCCAUAAAACAAUCCAAAUUGAUUCUUUAACAAUUUGUCAAGCUUUUCGUCGUGAUGUCUAGUCGGUAUUUAACAAGGUACAAUUCGGAACGGUUCUAGAACGUUGCUGUUGGACACUCUUUGGAAUAAAAGAGUUAAUUGCCUUUUUUGCGUUCUUCAGUUAAACAGAAAUCUUCCCUCGAGGACUGUGGGUCACUGUUGGGUGUUGGUCUAUAGCACGUUCCAGCAUGGAUUCUCACUCAAGACACUUUACAGAAAAAUGGAGUAUUACGACUCACCUAUCCUCUUGGUAGUCAACGACGGUGAACACCAAGUGAGUACCAAACGGUUCAUGUGGUCGUCACACAACGCUCCUCUAGAAGGAACGUUACGUGACGACCUCUUAGAGUUGCGUUACGGAACUUAUAAUGCUUGAUGUGACUUGAAUGUUCUAGAUUUAUCUUCGACUUCGAUUCAGCUCUAAUUAGAUCAUAGCGGAGCCCCUUACGUCUCAUUUUAAUCUUAUUGUAUUAGGUUUAUGUCCUUGUUCACGGUCACUUGAAAAGCAGCCCUUGCUGACAGUAUUUUAACGUGGUUAGAUGAAGGUCAUUCAGGGUUGUCAUUAGGGAGCUUAAGCAACAGCGUUUUUGAGCGACGGACGUCAACCGGAAGUGGACUUUUUGCAUCAUUGGGGAGUGGUUUGGUUGAAACUCUCGGGUAAAUCGUCUUUAAAAGAGAAAAGAAACUCAACAAUACAAGUUUGUUUGCGUCAAGGCAUAUAAAAAGGGAGAACGCCUCACUUCCGGUUGACGUGCGUCGCUCAAAAACGUCUUUGCUUAAGGUCCCUAUUAAGAGCCGGGGGGCGGGGAUUUUCCCCGGCUACUAAGAGAGUGGCUUCCGGCUACUUUUAUUGGAAAAUAGAAGAAAAUAGAACCAAAAGAAAUCCCUAGCCGUUUGAUUCCCCGCCUACUUGUUGUAUUUACCCGGAAACUUGAAAUCUUAGUGACAACCCUGUGACAUUGUUACCACAUAAAGUCUGCGUAAGGAGCAACAUGGCGGGAAGGAUGAGAUUGACCCGUUGAUACAGGUCCCGGUUGUUCAAACGUUGGAUAGCGCUAUCCACCGGAUAAAUCACUAUCCAGCGGAUAAGUAUUAGGGAAAACAAUUGCGUCAUCCACUGGAUAGAUUUUUAUCGGGUGGAUAGCGCUAUCCAACGUUUGAACAACCGGGGCCAGGACUUGUAAGGCCCUGCUAUUCGAAGGGACAGACGACAAAUAACCAUGAGUCAAACUGUUCCUAAGUAGGAUGUGCAAACAAUACAGGCUAGCCUGAUUCUCAUACCGUCGGAGGUAUUACUGCCUCUUCUUGCCCACCCUCCUUGUCCGAUGGGGGGGUUAAGAUCGGGGACAGACAAUUAAAGCCUAGGGGUACUUAACCAUUUACGCGGGAAAACCGGAAGUUCCUUUUGUAAAAUCAAAUGGUUCGUCUUAUUCCAUUUAGAAAGCUUCAGAAAAUAUGGGCUGUGAUUUGAGGCGAUGCAAUUUUUCAGCUCUUUUUAGUCUGUUCAGCUGAUUUGGAAAUACUUUGUAACGGGUCAUUCUCCCAUUACGUCAGAUUUUAUAGUUUUAUGUUUAUCCACAUGAUUUCCUCCCGGGUUGUUUGUGUAAGUGGUAAGCACCCCUGGUUUCCACGAGCGACGCAUUAGAGUGUUGUACCCAGUGAAAACAAUUGCUGAUGUAAGCGCAAGAGCAUAAGUAAAGAACGUGGAAACAUUUUGAUUGUUGUGCUUGUUCCCGUGCCUAUGCUUGCAUCUAGACCUGUAUUCACAGUGAGACAAGAUCUAUAUUUCGCCUAUAUUUAGUUAACUAGUGAAAAAAGGCUUUAAAAUGACACUUGGCGCUGUGCCAUAAAGUAAUAUAAAAUAACCUGAUAACGAGGCUAAACGUGCUCUUGAAGGAAUAGUCUGGAUUUUUUUGGAAUGGCCAUUAGUAUAAUGCCUUUGAAAAUAACUACUUUAUAUUUUAUUUUUGUCAGACGUUUGGUGCUCUGUGCUCCUGCCCGUUAAAAGUCAGUGAAGGAUUCUAUGGAACAGGAGAGUCGUUCCUGUACAAGUUUGACAAGAAUGACGUCAAGGUAUGUAUUAACCAGCAAUGGUGAGCUUAGUGAGUUUACGCAACAGGACAGCUGAAGGAAGAUGACAGCAAGACGUUUGUGUGAGACAAACGUGACAGAGCUAUUACUUGCGAGUUUUGUCGUGUUCUGGACUUUUAAAAACCGAUCUGUUUAAAGGAGGUGGAAUUAGGCGGAAAAUUCUUUCAAACGUGACUUUUGUCACGCUAGUCACGCAAGAUUUGCCGUCUUCUUUCCUCCGCCGUCCUUUUGCGUAAGUUCACCAAUUACUCUGCUUAAAAGCUAACGGUCCAUAAACAUUAAAUUGAGCCGUUGAAAGAAUACGUUGUCUUUCACAUAUGAGUUUGUUGACCAAGCUUGUGAUCAAGGAUUUGGCUGUAUAUAGAUUGCCUGCAAGUUUUGUUAUAACGUGUUUUAUUUGAUUUUACUGUUCCCUUUUGUUGUAGACUUUCGGUUGGACUGGAGAGAACCACUUUUUCAUCAAGGGAUCAAAAGACAGCUUAGCUAUUGGGAGCGGAGGGUGAGUGUCAGUAAAAGCAAAACCUUAUAAAUGUGGAAUCCAUUCAAGCGAUUUUUUGUUUACUCCAGCAAGGCACACGGUCCCCUAUUUUCCGUAAGUUCCGCCCCUCGGUACAUAUGAAACCAAGAUGGCUGCCCGUACCGGUAAGUGGUCGGGUAAUCCUGAAGAUCUUACGAAAAUAAAUAGGGCACUGUCAACUGUCUACGAGGCACACUAAGACCUACAUAAUUCAUGGGUGCAAAGUAAAUCCCACUACUGACGUUUCUUGGAUAAAUCCAAGGCAUUUAAGACAGUCGAAGCUCUUCUUAUAAGUCUCCAGUGUCGAGGCUGUACAUGUAUGUAUUCAGUUUCACUUUAUUGUUUUGCCAAAAUGACAAGAAAAAACAAGAAAAUCUAAUUAAAAAGUUAAUGGCGAGUAGCCCGUGGGAAUCUUACACGCUUUAAUAAGGAAAGUCAGGGAAGUUUGACAACUGAUGUCUGUGGCUACCAUGUCUGUAUUUUGGGUAUUCGGCAACUAAUGCUCAAGGUUAUACAGAACAUGCCUGUAACUUUAAAAAAAACAGUUAAGAAUGAUUAGUAAUGAAAGCUGAUGUGAAAUCGGAGAUGUUCGGGUUAGCCUCUGAUACUAAAGACUUUUUCGUCCAGUUUUGAUUGUACUCAUUCCCUUAUUUCAGUGGAAACUUCGGCCUUUGGUUGGACGAAGAUCUCUACCACGGGAGAAGCCAUCCGUGCGCGACUUACAGCAAUGUGCAGCUCUCCUCUCAAGAGGACUUUCUCUGUAGUGGUCUGGAGGCCUGGACAUUCGUUUGAGGCUACUGAGGAACACUUCCAUCCAGAAGGUUUCCUUUUUAGUAGUGCUAUUGAUGGAGCUUUACCUUUGGCUCUUCCUGGAUUGUCAAAUCCUUAACUCGAAAAAUUUCAAAUGUUAUUUGUCAAAUUGAUACUGAGAAAGGAAUGUUACCUAGCUGAAGUGCUGCCAUGGUGGGAAGACUCAGAAGUCAGAAUGACAUUAGAGAGCUUAAGAUUCGAGAACGAGGACGACUACGAGAUCGACAUUUAACCCUUUAAGUCCCAAUAGUGACCAACAUCAAUUUUCUCUUGACAAUAUCCGUACAUUGUCAAGAGAUACGGUUAUGAGAAUUGACAAAAUGAUUACCAAAGAGAAAAUUCCUUGAUCUUUGAACAAAUUCUCUCAACUCAUUCUUUAACGAAAUGUAUGGAGACCAGUUUGGAGAAAUUGUUUGUGGAUAUUGGGACUUAAAGGGUUAAUAUUAAGUUUUCUCGACUAUUCUCUAAAAAUGGACACCCCGGAAAGCUUCACCACAAAAGUUAGCUCGCUUAUUUCCGUUGAAGGAGGUUAAGCCCUUUCGCGAUCGCUAAAUGUUAAGAUUUCUAACUUUUGAUAACUUGUUUCCGCCACUACGACAUUCUCGCUAAAACUCGUAGUAGACUGACGACGGCUACCACAUUUUCCCGCCAAAAUAACGUUGGUCAGCGCGGGCGCAGUGCUUAGUAUUAGGAAGAUCUCGUUCUCGUAGUCGUCCUCGUCUUAGAAUGUAAAGCUUCUCUAUUGUGACUGAAGAUGGGGACGAAAGAAACAGUAAUAAUGUAGUCAGUUCUCACUCUGCCAGCAGAGCUUUUCACUCGAUUUUAGAGUACCCGAAAAAGACUGCAUGAAUCGAGAAUCGAGAAAGAUCUUUGUUGAGCAUGCGUUUCAUGUUGCUUGGAUACAUUUUCGAAUCCAGGCCUAACAGCCGUGCGCUUGGUACAGUGGGCUCAGUUACGACCAUCGGUUUAUCAAUUAACAGAUGCUCGUACACGACCAUUGAUUGGCGCGAAGUCCCAGAAGUUCGGGAUGCGUCAAUCUCGUUUCCAAAGACUGCGAUCCUUUUGGUCAGCACCAUGGAUCACUAUCCUCUGGUAGAAUCCGAAAAAAAAAUCUCUGAUUGGCCGAUAAAAACGUAUUCAUCACUUGCAAACGAUUUUGUAAACCAAAAGAGCCUUGAGCGCGUGACAAGUUAUGUGUGUACACACCAAUCUGAUAUGACUUAAAACCGUUAAGAAAAAAAGUUUAUCUCGAUAAGUCACGAAACCACGCUACAAUGUCAUUUGUCAUGUGUGCUGUCAUGUCUAACGAAUGUUUUUUCGGUCUUCUUAAACAGUCCUUUCGAGUUACUUUCGCUAGUAGAAACAUCGAUCAAAGGUCACGUUAACUGACAAAACUACUUUGCAACGAUUAAAUUGUAGCUAUGUGCGAGAAAGGCAAAAUUCCCUUGGGAACCUCUCUUGGUCCAAAGGGUAAACAGCUUCACGCAGGCGCAAUUAAAGCGGAAGCAGCAUUUUGUGGCUCCGGUUUUGUAUUCUUCUAGACCGUCUGUUGCCCGGGUAACGCAGGUUCUGGGGACGAGAUUGAAGCUGCGUCGACUUCAAAGGCUUAACGCAAUUUUCGAAGGGCCACCUUUUCUCCUCCUCGAUCAAAAUGACGUCAAAAGGACGUUGUGCUCGCAGGGAGGUCAGUACUAUGAAGUGCAUUAAUUACUUGUUAUUACCGGGAAAAAACCUUAAAGAACCAUUGAUUAUGAAGUUCGUAAAACUCUGUGUCAUUCUUGCGACUAGAGAAGAUAAUGAGUCGUAAAGACUCUUAAAAAAAUCAUCUUUAUAAGUUGCAAAUUACAACGAAGAACAGUUUGCGUUGAACUUGACUUUUUUUUUGCAUGAUAGUAAUAAUGAUAACUCCCCCUUUCUUGUCACACUCAUAUGAUUAUUAGAGACCAAACUGGACUCCAUUUAUGCAAUAAUAAUAAUAGUAAUAAUAACAGCAACAAUAACAAUACUAAUUAGCAAUUUUUGGAUGAGACUAAGUAUGAUAUGAAGAAUAAUGCAGAUCGUCAACAUUCUUCUUAUCGUACAAAAGUUGAAUCCAGUAAUUGUUUUAUUAUUCAUCUGCCUGUUUUUCGACAGCCAUUCUAACUAUGGUUUUAGCCCGUAGUUCGGCUAUUUCCUCUUCACAUUAGGAGUUAAAUCGUCCACCUUUUUCUCCAACUCUUCACUAUCAAAACAGCUGGGCCACCGCGCCUUCUGUUGUCUUCUUUUCUUUCAAUUGUACGUUAAACUGACGUCAUUGUUUUUAACAUAUCCCCAAAGGUCUUCUAAAUGUAGCUAGGGGGAUUUUUAGGCUGAGCGAAGCAGCAUAUAAAUGGAGUGAUUAAGCGUUACCAUUUAAGUCACAAGAGUGACCAACAUCAAUUUUCUCCCUACAGUACCAAUAUAUAUUCAGAGAAAAGUUAUGAGAUUUUAAAACUUGAUCACCCAAGGGAAUAUGUUUGGAUCUUUUUUCAAAAUCUCUCAACCAUUUAUUUAAGAAAGCAGUCUGGGGAAUUGGGGCUAAAAGAUUUAAUUAGACUGUCAUGCUAUAGCAGAGCGUGGUAGUAUUGACAUUCUCAAUGGCUUAUGCUGCCAAAACCUUAAAAUGCUGCUUUAGCUAAAAUUCACUGAUUCUCAACCAGUGCAGGGUCGACAUUUACCUCAAUGCGUUUUUCUUCUUUAUCUUAUUGGUGAUAUUACGAUAUUGUACACUUUGAUAGCUGUUAGCAGUUUCGAUAGAUUGUAAUGUAAAUAGAGAUACUUGUGUCUAACUCGCCCCUAUUCAUCGCUCGUUCUUCUGGCGCUGUGGUGCAUAGAAGUUUCCCACAACACCUUUCGCUCGUUACUUUGCGUGUUGAGCGC